AACAGGUAUCCAGUAGAACAUGGCAUUGUCACUUCCUGGCCAGACAUGGAGAAAAUCUGGAAGCAUACUUAUGAGAAUGAACUGAGAUUAAACUCCGGCACAAGGCCCGCACUGAUCACCGAGGCACCACUUAACCCAUUAUCCAAUCGCGAACAAAUGACAAGGUUGCUCUUUGAAAAAUUUGAAGUUCCAGCCCUCUACGUGGCCAUUCAGGCUGUGCUGGCCCUCUACGCCGCGGGUCUCACGACAGGCUGCGUGAUGGACUCUGGGGAUGGGGUCACACAUACUGUCCCGAUCUUUGAAGGCUACUGCUUGCCUCAUGCGGUUCUCCGACUUGACCUGGCAGGCCGGGACCUUACAGAUUAUUUAAUGAGAAUCCUGAGAGAAAGUGGCAUUGCCUUAGUGAGCACAGCGGAAAGGGAAAUUGUGAGAAUCAUCAAGGAGGCCUUGUGUUACGUGUGCUUAAACCCCGAAGAAGAAAUGGCUAAACAACCGACUGCAAUAGAGAAGACAUGGAAAUUGCCUGAUGGUCAGAUUAUUAAAAUCCACAAUCAAUUGUUCCGCUGCCCAGAGACCCUCUUCCGCCCAUCUAACAUUGGCAUGGAAGCGCCAGGAAUCGAUAAGCUCUUAUUCAACACCAUCAUGAAAUGUGACAUUGACUUAAGGACCACUCUGUACGCCAACAUCCUCCUUUCUGGCGGCUCCAGUCUCUUUCCUGGGAUUUCAGAUCGCUUGACUAAGGAGCUGAUGCGCAUGGCUCCCAAAGACACCGAAGUCCUGGUCCAAGCCCCCCCUGACAGGAAGGUCUCUGUCUGGAUGGGAGGAUCCAUUCUUGCUUCCCUCUCAGCCUUUCAGGAGAUGUGGAUUUCCAAGGAAGAAUACGCCGAGGUUGGGCCUAACAUAGUACACAGGAAGUGCUUCUAG